AUGUCAUCAAUUACAAUUAUACCACAACCAACAACAUAUGCAACAACAACAGCAAAUAAUUUACCAAAUAUUAAUUUACCACCAAUGCGUCCAUUAUAUUUACAACCAUACGCUCCUCAACAACAACAACCACCAACUUACCAUCAUCUUAAACAACAAAUUCAGCCUAAGCCUAUGUUAUAUGGAUCCAAUCAUCGAAAGCAAAAUUAUCUACACAAAUUUCAAACAGGUACGACUACUACAUUUAAUGGAUAUACUAACUUUUCAGGUACACGUACAACUAAUUUACCACCACCACCACCACCACGUCGAAAUUUACCACCUCCACCACCACCACGUACAAUAUAUCAUCAUAAUCCUUAUCAUAAUAAUUAUAAUAAUCGUUAUUACCAUCAUCGUCAUCAUUAUAAUAAUAAUUUUAAUAAUACCCAAAAUUUACCAUCAUUACUUGAUUUAAAUCCCUUCCAUUUACCAUCACGUCAUAAUACACGUACAUUUACCACUGCCCAACAUUAUCAUCCUAAUCAUCAUCAACAACAUUAUCCCCGUUCAUUAUCACGAUCCCGUUUUCAUGUUUUAUCCCAAUUACCAUCAAAAUCACGGUCCCGUUCACGUUCUUACCAACGUCCAUUACCACCACCAAUUAAGCCCCGUCGUAUUCAUCAUCAACAACAACAACAACAAUUUAAUCGCCACCGAUACCAACAACAACAACAACGUCCUACCAUACCACCAUACAACAAUACCAAUAAUAAUAUUAAUAAUAAUAAUAAUAAUUACAAUGGAAUUAAACGUACUUUACAAGGCAUUAUAUUAUCUGAUUCUAUGUGUUCAAGAUUACGUACAUAUGCCAUUAAAAAAUUACCAUUAUAUGAUAUUGAAUUAAGUUAUGAAUCAGGUUGUGAUAUUUAUAAAAUGAUACAAUGGUUAAACACACCUGAAGGUCGCGGUACGGUAGGAAAUAAAGAUUUUCUUCUUUUUUGUUUGGGUACUAAUGAUGUGGGACGGUACGGUGUCGAUGUCUCUCUGCAGCGAGUUAGUGAGCUCAUAAGUUUCGUGCGACAGUCAUACCCAGGAAACCGGGCCAUUGGUUGGUUAGCUUUGUCACCACGAUGGAAACCAACGAGAUUCGUCUCUGCGGCCAACAUCGGACAAAUGCAUAAUCAAUUUAAUGAGCGUCUUCGGAUCUUAUCCAAGCAAUUGGAUUUUGAUGUUGUUGACGCGCGUCUAGGACUUGCGGAUAUGCGUGUAGAAGAUGGGCUACAUCCAUCUAAUACCACUGGCAAAUGGAAAUAUGAAGGAGCUACUCGUGAAUGGUUCUCUUCUCGUGCUGCCGCACACUAUUCUAUCUUUUUUCAGCGUCGUCGAUUUCCAUCAAGAUCAACAGCACCAACUACACCAACGACGACAACUACAUUAUAUAAUGAUAACAAUAUUAAUAAUUAUAAUAUGAAUAUGCAACGGCAGUACCAACCUCGUCCAAAUAAUAAUUAUUAUUACCAACAGCAACAAAAUAGAAUCAGUUUAAGAAAAAAGAAAUCCAAGCCUAAGAAGAAAAAGAAAAUGCCAAUUGAGAAUGACCCAAGAGCCCCAGAAGGUAGCCCAAUAUUAUUAGUUAGUGACAAUAGCAAUAAGGAACCAGUAGAAAAGAAAGCAAGACCCGACACCCCAGUUGAUUCAGCAGCAAAGAGACCCCGACUUUUUUCACACGUUUUUAAACCCCCCAAAGUAGCCCCCCGCUCUCAACAACAACAAGAGAUAGUCAUCCAACAUGAAGAAGAAGUCUUACCCCUUUUACCAACAACACCACCAGGAUUACCAGCACCACCAGUUUUAAGUCCACGACAGAGUACACCAAGAACACCAAUAGCACCACCAAGACCAUUAGUAACAAGUCCGCAAAUUGAUCCAUCACACCAAGUUGAGAAUAGAGAUGAACCCGAAGUAGUUGAGAAUAUACAAGUUAAUGAGCAGGUAACACCAAUGGAACAAGAAAUAGUUAGAAAUUCACCCUCAGUAAUUCCCAAAGAUAUAGAGAACUUUAAAAUAGAAUUAUUCGAUUUUCCAAUUAUCCCGAUUGAGUGUAAGUUUCAUUUUAAGAUCUUCCAUGUAACAGCAAAUAUAGAAAACAUAAUAGCACAUAGGGAAUUCUUAGAAAAGAAAGCGAAACAACAGGAAGUUGAGUUAGAACAUCUAAUGGAAAAUUCCAACGGAGAUUUACGUAGAAUAGUAGUUAAAUUUAUUAGAGAGAUAGUUGACCCACUGAUAGAUAGUUUAAAGAUUUCAAACCAGAAGCGCUUAGACAACCUUAUCUUAGACCAGAUGAAGGAGAGGUCCUUAAGAACAAUUAGAAAUAGUAAGGAUAAGAAUAGU